AUGCGUGGGCCAAAGUUUAACCAUUGCUUGUUGCUGGUUGUAGGGCUUCUUGUUCUCUGUCUUGCCAUCAUUGUCUCCGAGCAUCCGACCACCGCAUCUAUUUCUAAUCAAGUGAUCACGGACGGCGAAGAAGGCGGUAUCGACGACGACGACGAGGACGCAGCUGGUGGCGCGUAUUAUUGGGAAGUAGCAGAUGACUCUUCGGAUGAUGAAGAAGAAAGCUUCUUUGGCAUUCCCUUUACCGACAAGGAUGAACAGGAAGAGUGGUCUCGGUAUUAUAAGCCUCGUCGCGGCUAUGAUCCGGUGGAGCAUCGCUGGAACGACAUACCUGUAACUGAGAGAAAGAAGCUUGAGGUGAUGGGAUGGAAUGAAGAAGCUUGGGAGUCAGAUGACGUCUCCAAGAUGACAUUCUAUAACGAAAACGAGAUUCUUGACUUUGACGACCUGCCAGAUGACAGAGCGGCAGUUUAUGACGACGAUCCACUGAGGUUUGCACAACGUCGCUUUGUCAACUUCCACACGUCCAUUUUUCGUCGGGGCGCCGACCCAUCAGUAUUCCGGGCGAAGAAAAUAAAGCUCAGUCUGCCUGGAUUCAAUCAAUUCAGCACAUCGUACUUCAACUCGUCCGAGGCCCGCAACGCAGAAGUCGGUGUAACAAUGGGAGCUACAUUGGGACACGAUGAGAGCGACGUACACCAAGUUUCCGUAGGAGACUACUUGGAUGCCAUGUACAGCGGCAACAGCACCUACUAUUUGAAGCUCGAAGAUGUAGAUGCUGAAAAGAAGGAUUUUGCUGCCGUCGGGAAUCUCUUUAAGAAAGAAAUUCACCACGCUUUGAAGGAGCUCCGUGACUAUACUGCGUUUCCACGCCAAUUGCAAAACGAGUACGAUCUUGAUGAUUUCCACUGGGCCAUGUUCCUAGGAGCCGCAAAAACCAGCACGGGCUUGCACUACGACACCGACCAAUUCAAUUGUCUCUACGUUGUGGAGGGAAAGAAGAAGGUCGUUGUCAUACCCAAUGACGAGAACUCUGAAGGCAUGUAUCCAUUCAAGUCCAUCUUUAACGGCUCGGCCUGGUCCGAUGCCAAUGUGUUGGUGGAUGAUGUAACGUUACCUAGUGGAGGGAGGAGUAUCAUUCUUCAUUCAGGCGAAGCCAUUGUCAUCCCUUAUCGAUGGUGGCAUUCCGUGGUUAACCUGGAACAAACGAUGUCCUUUUCUUUUCGUCUCGGCUAA